AGAGAAAACAACACGAACUUUCCUGAGACGGAAAACAAAAAAACAGAACACGAAUUUUCAAAGUUUUCCACACGAUGUCUUCCAUAAGAUCGUUACCACGUCCCUAACUCUUCUCCUUCAGACAAAAGUACUUUAGUUAUUCUUCUUUCUUUUGCCAUACUUCUCUGAAAACAGAAUAAAUCUUUUGUAUUCGGUCAAACUGAUUCAAAUACUGUACAGUCAAGUCAAAGCUACAAGAUCGUGUUCCAGGUUUAGAGAAAAUCUUCUGAACUCAAAAGAUUCUCAUAACUGAGUUUAUAAAUGGAUAAUUGAAGUUGUGUAUUUUGUUGAUAAAACCAAAACCAUGGGUGGAGAUGAUUUGAGCUUCACAAGAUUGGUGAUUACUGCUUUGUUUGGUCUGUUAAUGUUGUUACAAAUCAAGGAAACUUCUGCAUCAACAUCCUUUGUAAGCUCGAGUGUUUGUAAGUCUGAUCACUUGACCUACACAAAGCCUUAUCAACAAGGGAGUUUGUUCACAAUUAACGGUAAUCCGGUGGAGAAACUCCGGUUUUGCGAAGCUUUACGGUUUCACAAAGCCAAUGGUUGUAUCUUUGAGGAUUCUUUUAGUGAUGACUUCUGCACAAUUCACUCUCUACUAGGGAGAAGGUUUUUGGAAGAAAAAACUGUAAAAGAUUCCAAAAAUAGUAAGCCUAAAACUGAAUAUAGCCAUGUUAAAGUUAGCAUAGCAGGAAGUGGGUUUCUUCUCUUGUGUUGCGCUCUUUGUUGUCCUUGCUUUCAUAAAGAGAGGAAAGCAAAUAGUCAUGAAGUUCUACCUAAAGAAUCUAACUCAGUGCACCAAGUUUCUUCUUUUGAAAUGAGCCCUUCUUCUGAGAAGAUUCCACAAAGUCCAUUCCGAGCACCACCAAGUCCAUCCCGCGUACCGCAGAGUCCAUCUAGAUAUGCUAUGUCCCCAAGGCCUAGUAGACUGGGACCUUUGAAUCUGACCAUGAGUCAGAUUAAUACAGCAACUGGUAAUUUUGCAGACAGUCACCAAAUUGGUGAAGGAGGCUUUGGUGUAGUCUUUAAAGGCGUUCUAGAUGAUGGCCAGGUUGUUGCCAUAAAACGAGCCAAAAAGGAACACUUUGAGAAUCUGCGAACGGAGUUUAAAAGUGAAGUUGACCUUUUGUCUAAAAUUGGCCACCGGAACCUAGUGAAGCUUCUUGGUUAUGUUGACAAAGGAGACGAGCGACUUAUCAUAACUGAGUAUGUCAGAAAUGGUACACUCCGCGAUCACUUGGACGGUGCUCGUGGAACUAAACUUAAUUUCAAUCAAAGGUUGGAGAUUGUUAUUGAUGUCUGCCAUGGCUUAACCUAUCUCCAUUCUUAUGCAGAAAGACAGAUAAUUCACCGUGACAUAAAAUCGUCGAACAUUCUACUCACAGAUAGCAUGAGAGCCAAAGUAGCAGACUUCGGCUUUGCGAGAGGCGGUCCUACUGACUCGAACCAGACUCACAUUUUAACUCAAGUGAAAGGAACCGUUGGUUAUCUCGAUCCUGAGUACAUGAAAACUUAUCAUCUCACUGCUAAAAGCGAUGUUUACUCGUUCGGGAUUUUGCUUGUGGAGAUACUCACAGGCCGUCGUCCAGUGGAGGCCAAGCGACUUCCUGAUGAGAGGAUUACGGUCCGAUGGGCAUUCGACAAGUACAAUGAAGGGCGAGUUUUUGAACUAGUGGAUCCUAACGCGAGGGAACGAGUAGAUGAGAAGAUACUAAGGAAGAUGUUUAGUUUGGCAUUUCAAUGUGCUGCUCCUACUAAAAAAGAGCGGCCUGACAUGGAAGCUGUUGGGAAGCAGCUUUGGGCUAUAAGAUCAAGUUAUCUCAGGCGGUCAAUGGAAUAAGACAAGUGUUCACACGUUACAACCACCAAAAUGCUAUAGUCUCUCUGUUGUUAGAUAAUAUCACCUCUUUUACAUUUUGCUAUCCAACCACUUCUUCUUCAGAUUUGAAAUGAGAUGUCUUAUUCAUGACUUCAGAUUCUCGAAUGACGCAUGUAAACUAUGUGCAUUCAUUAGGUGUGGACCAAAAAAAAUACAAAAACUGAACCGAAUCAACCGUGAAAAAUGUUAAAACCGAAACUUAACCGGAAUAAUUAUAAACCGUUUGGUUUCAUUA